CGUAUGUCACUCGUUUUUUCUUUUUUCCCGCAUUUUCUUCGAAAAAAUAUUGCUUACCCCCGAAAAGGAUGCAGCCAUGAACGGGGAAAAAGCUUUAUGCAGCUGUUGCUAAUGUGGGAGGAGGAAGCGCGGGGAGAGAGCCAGCCGAGUCAAAAAAAUUUUCGGCCGUGCGCGGGAACGAAGAAACGAACGGGCUGAUUGUUAUGUCGAGUCGUCCGUUUGAUCGGUCGCCAAUCUUUGGGUUCGUCGGUCACUAAGUGGUAGUCUGUUGUCCGUUGGGUAUUGAGAGACGUGAGAGAGACCGUUGAGACGCGGGCGGGUCACGGAUCGGAGCGUGUGUGUGCGGAAGCCGGUAAAGGAACUUUUUGACAAUUUUUGACAGACGUCUUAGAAGACGAGGAAAAGAAGUUUCGUUGUGAAGAAUCCGACACUUGGCGUCUUGCAAUUAUCGCUGGUCGCUUCGCUGGCCUAUCGUAUGGAAGAUGGGCUCCACCACCUCUCAACAGCAGAGUUGGUGGAGUUCGUGUGUAAUCACAAAUUCAAGUUUCGGUCGGCGUCUGUAGAAGAGAUAUUACGCAAGCUUGUGCGUCGCGCUGUCGAUCUCAUUCAGGAGAAAGAUCCAGAAGCUGAUGAAGACGGAGGUGGCGAUGCAGAGCAUUAUUCUGAGGAGAGGAUGGCUUUGGCGGAAGAGCUGGCUUCGCUGUACAACCCUCAAUUAUACGAUCUCCUAAUGUCCGUCCUCAGCUCUCCUUCGACAGGGACGCGGGUCUCUGCUGGCGCCACUUACUUCCUUGCUCUCCUCACAGCGGGGACGUCCAGCAAUGCCGAAGCUCUGCGGACCCGGAUGACGAAUAAGACUGGCGUUGUCAGGCUUAUUACGCUUCUCUCGGCUGCCAGUAGCUCUGUGCGUUUUAACGCUCUGCUAGUGCUGGUGAAUCUGCUGCGUCACUGUCCGGACGUCCAUGCUGAAGUUCUCAGACUCGGGGGACUGCGGAAGAUCGCCAUGAUGUUCGGGGAAGCGGUGGAGGAGCCCCAACAGAACAUUUGCCUUACUGCCCUUCUGUGCCUCUGCGAGUCGAAGCUUGCAGCCAUUCCUGCAGAGCUACUCCGUAUGGGUGCGGUUGGAAAAGUUCUGAGCUGGAUAGGCAGCAGGAGGACGAGCAAGAGGGUUGCGCACAAGGCUCUGGCGUCGCUGGCCUCUCUCGUGGACUUGGAUGGCGCCACACGGAAGGCCAUGUUUGAGCAGCAAGCUGUAGUGCCAUUGCUGUCAUUACUUAGGCGAGCGAAGACGGAGGAGCUCCUUGUGCCCGCAUUGGAGCUACUGGCUUUGUUCUGUGGUGAAAAGGAAAUAGGGAACGAACCACGAACACAAUGCCUCCAGGUCGCAGGGUACGAGAUUGUCAUGGAGCUGGCUCAGAGAGCGACAGAGUCGUCCAUCUUGAUUCAGGCUCUCCGUGUGCUAUGUGUGAGCACCGAGGUAGACGACAGAGUAUCUGUCCGGGUUCAAAGCCAUCCGACUUUUCUUCGCCACUUGGAAGAGCUACUGGUUUCUGAAGAAAGGACGUCCCCGGAAGAGACGAGGGAUCCGAUGCAGGUGGAAGAGGAGGGUGAUUCCAGUCACUCAUGCUCGAUUCCCUCUGCAAGUGACGUUGGCACCAUGAUCCGCUUUCUGUCUGCCUGCAUGUCCAAGUGGGCAGGUGAGAAGGCAGAGCAUGCAGGGCCCAGCAUCGAAAAUGGCGGUACGGAACUGGCAGUGGACAUGUCUGAGGGAGGGAGAAUGAUGACCGAGGAAUGAAAACCACGUUCUGGAGUGACGUCCAGCUGAAAGGCCACUGUUAUGCCUUAAUGGAAUCUAGCAAGACGUUAGUCCCGCUGAUUGACAUGACUAUAGGAUUGGAGAUCUAGAAGAUUGACGAAAUCAGCAAGUCCUGAAGAGUGGGUAGUGGUUGUGAGUCAUCGAGUUGAGAUGCAAUUGCGCGUUCUCCUCCGGCCUCCUCCCUCCAGCUCUCCAUAGUUCGUGUUGUACAAAGCAGCAGCGUUUCUUGUUUUGUUUGCUCAGUUGUUUUUAUGGACUCUUUGCCGAGGAGUCUUCACAAGUCUCGGUUGAUUAGGAGGGGGAGAACUGCGUGGAUGGGCGGCGGACGACGGAAGCCGAGGACAUCCGUGAGAGAGAACGGGCGGAAGGUGUUUACGGGUGAAGGUGGUGCACUAGAAUUCUAGUGCAGUAACUAGAUGGAGUUGGUAAGCAACCUCUUGCACCGUAUCAUGCAAUCCGCUCUGUUAGAAUUCUAUAGGUCGUUUGUCUUUUCAUUGGAAGAGUUGGUUGUGUGAACAUCCAUGAGAGAAGGACAGAGGAGGGUGUUAUGGGUGAGAAGCCGGGGUGGUGAGGGGGGGUGCAUAUGGGGCAGUACAUAUAGGGAAUGAUGAACCUGUUGCACCAUCAGGUAGAUCUUGAUAGGUCGUUUGUCUUUUCAGUGCGCGAAUAUUCAUGACAUGGAGGACAACGUGCUAAGGGUGCUUCUUUCCUUUCCCAGGGAGGAGUUUCUGAACGGCAUGGAUUGUUGGUACUAAUGUGAGGGAGACCUGCUUGUUUGUAUUGGAGAUAUAAGCCUUGUCUUUCCAACGAGCCCAUCAGCGUCUUUAUUUUAGUCUAUCUACGUGCUAUUGUUUCUUUCGUCCGGUCUGACAUUGCCAGCGACGUUCUCCGACAGAUAGUAAUGUUGUUGCUACCUGGUGCGGAAGAAGAGCGAGAGAACGUGCCUUCGGUGAAAGCAGGCCUGCUAGUAGCAAGCUUCUUUCACAGCCUCUCGCCGUUAAGGGCUGCACUAUUGAAAGUCUUCCAUUCCUGGUGCGGAAGCGGGCUGCACCACUGAAAGUCUUCCUUUCUUGGCGCGGAAGCAGAGCGAGAGAGAACGUUCCUUCGGUGGAAGCAGGCCUGCUGUUGGUAAGCUUCUUUCACAGCCUCGCCGUAGGGGGCUGCACCAUUUAAAGUCUUCCAUUUUGUUGUUGAGUUCGGUCAUUUGAUCACACUCUGAGAAAAGAAAUCUUUUACUGUGGGUCGAACUGUGGCGGUUAAAAGCGAGCUCUUGGAAUAUUGAGUCAAGAGGGCCUUUGGUGGUUAUGAUGGUGGUCUGGUUUGUGACGCUGGGGUCUAUCAAUAGCCUGAGGUAAAAUAUCAAGCUAGGCUAGAUCUUUGUGGCGAUUAAGUGUCUGUCAGGCAGUCAGUGAGUUGUCAUGAGCUUGACUUGAGCUCGCUCCACCGCCUCGGUGGAAUGAGAGAGGCUUAGGCACCGAAGGAGGAGAGAGUAUGUUAGGUUGCUUUGACUGUGAAAGCAUUAUUUCUGUCUCCUGGGUGCUGACGAGGAGUGACAGUGAGCUCUUGUAUCUGUGUUACACGGGGUGAUCAGCAUUCUGGCAGACCCAGGUAAGGAGGAUUCAUAUCUGUCGAGGAAGGCAACCUCAUAACCAGUUAAAAAAAGUGGAGAAAGAGAGUGAGUGAGCGAGAGGUAUUGGGGGAACCAGCUGGAGGAGAGAGAGCAAAUAGAGGAAGGCAGGCCAAACCAUACACAUAAUGUGGCGUGGAGAAGACAAAGCUGACAUGGACGAUCUUUGUACAUAGGGAAAGAACAUGAUGUGUAGAAAAUGAAUGGAUCAUGCGAGGAUGAGCGCAGGGCAGUGGUAAUUGGCGUGAGCAGGGGAAGAAAGGAUGGGGGUAGGGGGUUAGUGGGGCGCACACUGAUGCUGUAUAAGAGAGCACAUGGCUGCUGCCAAUGAUUGAUAAGUAUGUUGAAUAACACAAUGGACGUGCUCGUGGCUCAGAAGAUUAAGUGGUAGGCAAAGCCCAGCAAGAGCGACGGUGGAAUGUAGCCGUUUGCUGUCCGUUGAUCAAAAUGGUCUGUCUGAGCGCUCGAAUGCGGGUAUUCUCAAGACCUGAGGACGUGCUCGUGGCUCAGAAGAGAAAGGGGUUGGCCCUGAUGCGUGUGCAGGAGAAAGAAGCUUUGGUCGCUGCUGCAUGUGUAAAACGCCCUUUCUAUGAUCGUGAUUUUAUAAUUAUACUGAGACCAAGGUGACUCAAAUCUGUUCGCGCAUCUGUCGUAACGGUGGACGGUGACAUGGUGGGGAUGUUGUAAUGGUGGACGGUGACAUGGUGAGGAUGUGGAAAGGAACAGACUGGGGAAGGUGUAGGAAUGGAGGAAUGGGAGUUGACAGGGAUGCUUAGGCUGAGGGGCUGGCUGAACAUGUCAUCGAGGUGUGGUUUAAGGGUGUUAGGGGUUAGUUGAUCUGUGUGUGUGUGUGUGUGUGUGUGUGUGUGUGUGAUUGUGUGUGGUUAUGUGUGCGCGUGCGUGCGUGUGUGUGCCUGUGUGGGUCUAUCUAUCUGUGUCUGUCUAUGUGUGGGUCUUUCUCCCAGGCUGUGUGUGUGCGUGUGCAUGCGUGUCUGCCUAUGCGUGUCUAUCUGUCUCUGCCUGUCUACGUUUGGGUCUAUCUCGCAGGCAGCUCUGUCUGUCUACGUUUGUGUCUAUCUCGCAGGCAGCUCUGUCUGUCUACGUUUGGGUCUAUCUCCCAGGCAGCGAUAGAGGUAGAGGGCGCAGGGGGGAGAGUUUCUGUCUGUGUGUCUGUCUAUGUAUGGGUGUGUUUGUCCCAUACACACACAGAGAGAGAGAGAGAGAGAGAGAGAGAGAGAGAGAGAGAGUCCGUCUGUUGCGUGGAUGUCUUAGUUGCAGAGAGAGAGAGAGAAAGUUGUGUUAAUUGCAGAGAGAGAGAGAGAGAGAGAGAGAGAGAGAGAGAGAGAGAGAGAGAGAGAGAGUCCAUCUGUUGCGUGGAUGUCUUAGUUGCAGCG